AUGAUCCAUCUGCUCUGCGAACAGUGGCCUGAGGGCGAGAUCUUCAACCGGGCUGUCGACGAAGACAGUCCUGUCAUGACCCCGAGCCACCUGACAAGGCCCAGUAAGCGUAAUGCAAGACACGAACUUGGAAUCAAACUAGCGCAGGCAUUUCCCGAUGCAGAGCAGCUAAUCACUAUGCCAUUGUGGGAUCCACUCUACGAUCGCGUGACCACCGUGGUAGUUGGCAUCGCCCAUACGUGGGAUAGAGUCUUUACACGCAGUCAGGACCUUUUUCCAAUGGCCUCGUUCUGCGCAUCCGUGAUGCAUCAUGCUCAUCGUAUGCAGGCGCGCCACAUGAAGCAGCGGAAGUCAGACUUUCUUGGGUCAGUGUCGCACGAGAUGCGUUCUCCGCUCCACGGUACGCUCGCCAAUCUUGAGCUGGUUUUAGAGACCCAUUGUACGGAGGAGCAGAGGUCAAUGCUACGGACUGCCCUCUUGAGUGGUAAGCAGCUUCUUACCUCCAUCGACAAGGUGCUCGCCUACGCCCAGAUCAGCGCGGACCCGGAGACCUUCGAAAUGCCCAUUACUCCGGCAGCAAGCGACGAAAUUGCCGGAGUAUCACCCAGUAUGGCUGAACCGCCGUUUGAUGUUGCGGGUACAUCAGCGACAACUCUCAGAGAUACGAUGGAAGAGGCAGUUUCUGAUGCCGUGGGUAGAAGCGACCGAACGAAAGACUUCUUGGAGGAUACCGCCACACCUGUUCAGCCCGUCAAUGCGUCGACUUCUGAUAUGAAGAGCUUUGCAGCGCCUCUGCAUCAUGGGCGAACCACUUCCGGGACCAUAUCCGGCAUCAAAGACAAACGUGAGAGCGUAAUCGUCAUUCUUGACGCCUGCAACAUACCUGUUCCCUCCACGCUGAACGUAGAAGUGCUGAAAUUGUUGGUUGAAGAGCUGUUGACAAAUGCAUUGAAGCACACAAUAAGUGGCUGUAUACGCAUCAGCUUACUCUCAGAUACGUCAGCAGAUGCACAUGCUGCAGGUAUGCUGCUCCGCGUAGAAGAUUGCGGCACAGGCAUCUCGGAUGAGUUCGUGAAGCAUCGAUUGUAUGUUCCGUUUUCCCAGGACGAUCACUUUGAGUCUGGCACGGGUCUGGGAUUAUCUCUCCUCAAGCAGAGGAUUCAAUCUUUGGGUGGUACAGUAGCCAUCGAGUCAGCUGUAGGUGUUGGGACGGUUGUCUCGAUACACCUGCCAACGACCGUCACAAAUGCCUCGCCCCAGUCAGUACAACCAAGCUUGCCAUUGCAGACCUCAGAUGCCGUGGCCCAACUAUUCAUACCUCCCGAACCUCAACCGGCAUCAGCACAGAAGGCUCAUGAGAUGCUCCAUGAGUCUUUAACUCAGACACUCGCCACAUAUUGCGACGUGCAGGUGGUGGCCUGGGACCCUACAAACCGACCUGCUCUCGUAAUUGUAGCAGAGAAGGACCUUCAAGCCCUUGAGGACGAGGAUCUACUUCAUCGCAACCUCCCACUGCUGGUUCUGCGUUCAUCGAAAGGAGCAAGUCACGAAUACUGCGAUUCCACUGCCAGCAUAGCAUCGCCUCUUUUACCAAGUCAGAUUGCUCGGUCUGUCAACGCGUUGCUUGGGAUGCCACAGAGCAACACCGAGAACGCAUUGCAAGCGUCUGAGCCAUCGGUCCCUUCUGAAGAGGUGUCGUUCGGUGCUCAGCGCACUGACAAUGACUAUACUGCUCACUCGGUCGUUGCGAAUACAGAACACAUGGAGUCUCUUGCGGAGCCACACAUGAGUGGAGAACAAAGAGAGCAACUUCGCACGCCAAUGGAGCCUGGUCUCCCAUCUGUACUGCUUGUCGACGACAAUCUAGUGAACCUCAAAGUUGUUGAAAGAUAUGUUCAGCAAUGCAAUAUACACAACCCAACCGCCGUGAGCGGAGGCCAGGAAGCGAUCGAUGCCUUCGAGCAGGCGCUCAACGGUGGUCAAGGCCAAGCUUUCGACAUCAUCCUGAUGGAUCUGAGUAUGCCCGUGGUCUCGGGCUUCGAUGCCACAGCCAGAAUACGUGAGCUCGAAAGGCAAGCUCGUGGCUGCGAUGAGCAGAGCGUGCAUCAAAGGACAACCACCAUCAUCGCACUUACAGGAUUGGUCAGUGCCAAAGACCGAAAGGCGGCUUUUGAGGCUGGUGUGGACGGCUAUAUCACCAAGCCAGCGAAAGUGCAGAGUAUCAAGGACGUCAUCCAGUCCUGGAAGGAUGCCCACGAUUGA